CGUAUCCACACGGCUCCGGAGUGAAUGUGGGAAAUAAGAAAUCUGUGCUGUUAGAUAACCUCUCACAGCUGCUGCAACAGCUGGAUUAAAGGCUUGAUUCCGGGCUGCAGGCUGGAUCCUCCCGUCCAGGGUCCAUGAAGACCCUGCACACUGUUAGAGGCUUGUGUGUGUUAUCAUACAGCCAUGCUCGGGUGUGAAUAGUGCUGCAGGGCGAGGAUGGCAGCGGACGUGGAUAAGGAGGACCGAUCUGGGUCCUGGAUCAGCAGGGCUUUGUGGUCCCUGCUGUUGAUCUGUGCAAUCCCUCUUCUGGCUUUCGGGGUGAAGUAUUACCAAGAUGCCCAGCUCCUCAAACGCCAUGAAGAGAGUAUACGGAUCCUGGGCUCCGAGGGCCUUUUUCUCUUCUCCUCCCUAGACACCGACCAUGACCUCUAUCUCAGUCCAGAGGAGUUCAAACCCAUUGCAGAGAAGCUCACAGCUGUUGCAGGGAUCACACCACCGGUGGACGUGGAUGAGGAAGUGAUCCAUGACCCCAAUGGAGAGACGUUGAUCUUAGAGGCCAAAAUGCAGCCGCUGCUGCUCGACUCCAUGACCAAAAGCAAAGAUGGCUUCCUUGGGGUGUCUCACAGCUCGCUGAGUGGGCUCCGCUCCUGGACGAGCCCUGCGGUGCCUUCUUCCACCUUCUCUGCCAGCCAGUUCAGGGUGUUCCUGCCCCCAAAGAACAAGGGGGAAGUGGGAGACGCAUGGUGGCUGAUUCCCAGCGAGCUCAACAUCUUCACUGGAUACCUGCCCAACAAUCGUUACCACCCCCCCUCGCCAAAGGGCAAAGAGGUUCUCUUCCACUCCUUGCUGAGCAUGUUCCACCCAAGGCCCUUCAUCAAAUCACGCUUUGCUCCCCAGGGUGCAGUCGCCUGUAUUCGCGCCAGCAGCGACUUUUAUUACGACAUAGUUUUCAGGAUCCACGCAGAGUUCCAGCUCAAUGACGUUCCGGACUUCCCCUUCUGGUUCACCCCGGGUCAGUUCACUGGCAACAUCGUCCUCUCUAAAGACGCUUCUCACGUCCGCCACUUCCACCUCUACGUCCCCAGUGACAGGAGCCUGAACGUGGACAUGGAGUGGCUGUACGGAGCCAGCGAGACCAGCAACAUGGAGGUGGACAUCGGUUACCUGCCUCAGUUGGAGCUGCACUCCGCAGGGCCCUCCACUCCCUCCAUCAUCGUGGACGAGCGGGGAAAUGUCAUCGACAGCCGGGAUGACGACAGUGAGCCGAUCCAGUUUGUCUUUGAGGAAAUUCACUGGUCUUCUGAGAUCAGUCGGCAAGAAGCUGCUCGCCGGCUGGAGGUCACCUUCUACCCUUUUAAGAAGGUACCCUACCUGCGGUUCUCGGAGGCUUUUGAGCGAGCUGAGGCGGAAAAGAAGCUGGUACAUUCCAUUCUGCUCUGGGGAGCUUUAGACGACCAGUCCUGCUGAGGUUCGGGGCGAACUCUCCGGGAGACGGUCCUGGAAAGUUCGCCCAUCUUGGCUCUGCUCAACCAGAGCUUCAUCAGCAGCUGGUCUCUGGUCAAGGAGCUGGAGAACAUGCAGGCUGAUACACAGAACCCUGCACUGAGUGAAAAGGCCCGUUUACACCUGCAGAAGUACAGCUUCCCCGUGGAGAUGAUGGUGGCACUGCCCAAUGGAACCAUUGUCCACCACAUCAACGCUAACUACUUCCUGGACGAAACUGCCAUGAAACCAGAGGAGGAAGGGGCGGCGUUCAGCUUCUCUGGUGGGUUCGAGGAUCCCUCCACAUCCACUUACAUCAACUUCCUGAAAGAGGCUUUGGAGAAGGCGAAGGAGUACGUGACCCAGUAAUGUGGGGGUGCGAGACACUGCCCUGGAGGAAAUGGUCAUCAGAUCCACGAUAAGAACAACCCGCCAAAUGUUACGUCGGGAUGCUUUCUCAUCCGCCGUGGCAGCUGGAAAGCAUUGCUGCCUUCUAUCCUCUGCUACUAUUUAUUUCAACAUCUCUCUCGGUCAAGCUUUUGUAAGGAGUUUUUGUAUUCUGAGUGGUACUUGUAAAUGACUGCUGGGGGGAAUAACCUUCUCAAAGCUUAUAUUUUAGUGAAAUGCAAGUGGCUUGCACAUGGAGCAGUAAUUCACACUUAAAAUGCGGAUAGAUCUGCUCCUUCUGCUUGUAGUUGGUACAGAAUACGUAGCCAGACGCUGCCAGAUCAACAACAUAGCACGCCGCUCAGCGGUGGCGAUGCAUGCGCAGUAUUUAGCAGUAUCCUGCUGCGGCCCGGAGUCGGGGACGGGCUCCGCUGUCGCCUCCGGCUGCAUUUCUGCGGUUAGUGAAGGCUUCGCCUGAAAGCUCCCUCUGAGUUGGGUGAUGCCUGAUGAUGUUGCAGAAUCUUCUGGAGGAAACGCGCCUCUCUGUCUCCGGGGGCCGACGCAGCAGGAACGGCUGAACUGGACUGUGGCACAUACAUUUAUCUUUUUUAGUAGUUUUUUAAAAUAGUUUGUGUUUGAAACAGUUUGUUUGAGAUGUUUUUCCACUUGCCCUAACCAAAGGGCAUGUUUUUUUUUUUUUUUUUUCAAUAUUUGAAGCAGGAAAUCGAUUCAGUCGAUUCUCUCAAACAAUCAUGUUCACUUAUUAAGCUUUCAAAUUGCUUUUGUAUGUCAUCUUACAAUAAAAACGUAACAUUUUUAUGGAAAAACAA